UUUUUUUGAAGCUUCUAUCAACUUCUUCGUCUGCUCCGUACACAGGAAGCUUACCAGAACCAAACAGAGUAGUUAUCGGCGAUGGGUAAAACACAGAAGAAGAACUCCAAAGGUCGUUUAGACCGGUACUACUACCUUGCGAAGGAGAAAGGUUAUAGAGCUCGUUCCUCCUUCAAGAUCAUCCAGAUCAACGAGAAGUAUGGUCACUUUCUCGAGAAGUCGAAGGUGGUGAUCGACCUGUGUGCAGCGCCAGGGUCGUGGUGUCAGGUGGCGUCGAACCUUUGUCCCGUGAACUCUUUGAUCAUUGGUGUUGAUAUCGUUCCUAUUAAGCCCCUGCCAAACUGUAUCACUUUCCAAUCCGACAUCACGACGGAGGACUGUAGAUCCAAGCUGAGAGGUUACAUGAAAACGUGGAAAGCAGAUACAGUGCUCCACGAUGGUGCACCAAACGUUGGGUUGGGUUGGGUUCAGGAUGCCUUUACACAGUCCCAGCUUACCCUCCAGGCUUUGAAAUUGGCUGUGGAGAAUUUGGUUGCAGGUGGAACAUUCGUUACCAAGGUGUUCAGAUCGAAGGACUACAACAAGUUGAUGUGGGUCUUCCAACAGCUGUUUGAAAAGGUGGAGGCAACGAAGCCACCAGCUUCGAGAAACGUUUCUGCAGAGAUCUUUGUUGUUUGUAAAGGGUUCAAAGCUCCAAAGAAGUUAGAUCCAAGAAUCUUGGAUCCAAAGGAAGUGUUUGAAGAACUCGCUGAUGGCCCUCAAAACAACGAGGCCAAAGUCUUCAACCCGGAAAAGAAGAGAAGAAGAAGAGAAGGUUAUGACGAGGAUAACUUUUUGCAGUUCAAAUCCGUGCCUGUUCUUGAAUUCGUUAGAUCUGAUACUCCAAUCGAUGUACUUGGGGAGACUAACAGGUUGGAAAUUGAUGACGAAGAUCCCGAGUGGAGGCUUCUCAAAAAGUUGAGAAAAACCACACCUGAGUUGAUGGAAUGCUUCAAAGAUUUGAAAGUGUUGGGUAAAAAGGACUUCAGAAACAUGCUUAGAUGGAGAAAAUUGGCCAGGGAGUUGUUACAACUCGAUGAAGAUGAUAAGCCACUUGAAGUUGAAGUUGAAGAACUGAACGAGGAAGAGCUCAUAGAUAAGGAGCUUGACCAGGUUAGAGCUAGACAACUCGCAAAGCAGAAAAGGGAGAAGAGAAAGAAGAAUGAAAUGAAGCAGAAAGAAAUCACAAGAAUGCAAAUGAACAUGCUUACACCAAUGGAUAUUGGUAUCGAAGCUGGAAACAUUGGACGUGAAUCUCUCUUCAACCUUAAACAUGCCGAGAAAACCGGUCAGUUGAAAGAUUUGGCAAAGGGUAAAAGACGUAUGAUCUUCAACGAGGAUGAUUUGAUUGAAGAUAACGAUAUCCAUAUUGCUUCUGAUGCUGAGGUUGAAUCCGACCAAGAAGUUGAUGAAUUGGAAGACCAAUUGAAUGCAAUGUAUGAUGCUUUCAAGCAGCGUAAGAGUGAAAGAGAUGCCAAGUUCAGAGCUAAGCAAGCCAGAGGAGAUGAUGAUGAUGAGAAGUGGGAUGGUAUUCAAGAUAAGGGAAGUGAUGAAGAGAGUGAAGCUGAAGCGAAGGACUAUGAGGAAGAGGAUGACGAGUCUGGAUCAGAGCUUGAUAGUGAUGACGAUGAAGCCAUCAACAAGCUUAUCGCAAAGCUCAAAUCUGAAAAGGGAUCAGGACUUAGUAAGAAGGCUGAUCUCUUGUUCAGCAACUCAAUCUUUGAUGGCGUUGAAGCUCAGAUACCAACAAAGGCUGCGAAACAACAAGAACCAACCCCAUCACCCUCAAACUUGUCCACUACGGCUUCGCUGGAUUCUGAUGAGGAAGUGGAGGACUCAUCUGAUGAUGAAGGUGGUAGAAUUGAGUAUGUUUCCCGUGAAGAUAAUGAAGAUGAGGACAUGCUUGACUCUGAUGAUGAAGAUGUCAAUCUCCGUAACCAUCAAAAGGAUGUCGAAUUGGCUACUGCACAGGCAAUGACAAUGGCCCAUCAACUUGCAUUGGGUCAGAAGACCAAACAUGAUCUCGUUGAUGAUGGAUUCAACAGAUAUUCCUUCCGUGAUAGUGAAGGUUUGCCAGAUUGGUUUAUUGAAGAUGAAAAGAAACAUUCCAAGAUUAACAAGCCUAUUACCAAAGAAGCUGCGCUUGCCAUCAAGGAGAAAAUGAAACAAUUGAAUGCCAGACCAAUCAAGAAGGUUGCUGAGGCUAAGGGACGUAAGAAGAUGAGAGCAAUGGCCCGUUUGGAAAAGCUGAAGAAGAAAUCCGAUUUGAUUGCGGAAGACAGCGAAAAGUCUGAGAGGGACAAGGCUGAUGAGAUUUCCAAAUUGAUGAGAAAGCUGACCAAGAAACAAAAGACAAAGCCUAAGGUUACCUACGUCUAUGCCAAGGGUCAGAAUAAGGGUCUUAGUGGAAGACCAAAGGGUGUUAAGGGUAAGUACAGAAUGGUUGAUGGUGUGAUGAAGAACGAAAUGAGAGCUCUUCGCCGUAUUGCUAAGAAACAUGGAAGAAAAUGAACCUGUAUUACAUGCUUCAGUAAUGAUAAUUGACUGGUCUCAUUUGCCUUUUAUUGCCAUUGUUUUUUUCUUUCAACAUAUAUAGCUAAUGAAAUGCAAAUUCACUUGAUCUUCUUUUCGUCUUUUGUUUCAGGUCUGUUGAGAGCAACCAAAGAACCAAAGAGCUUCAUCAACAGGUAUAUACUUCCAAUAACAACAGAGACAGAUG